AUGCAGGAAACGUUGAAUGAGCAUUCUGAUAAUAUUGGCCGCAAUAUGGAGAGCGUUAAGAACACCAAAGAGGAAAAUAUUGAGUCAGCCACAACGGCUGUGGAUGCGACGAAGAGGUUGGCUGAGACGCAGUUAGUUACCGCAUGCGCAGCCGGUAGGCGACAUGUUAGGGGCAUCGGCCGAGGUGCCGUAUCACCGGGACGCUGGAGGCUGCCAUGUGCCGGCUCCGAUGUGAUGUUUAAUGAAGUUCAGGGCCGUGUGAAUGGAGUAAGGAGGGAAGAUGGCAGCAGAGAAGGAGCCGACGAACAAGUGUGUACUGGAACGUGUGAUCGCCAGGAAACACACGACGGAGAAAAAUGCCCCAAAGGCAAGUGCGCCAAAGAGCCUGGCAGUUGCGCCAAAGUCCAGUGCAGCUGCAAAGGUUCUAAUGGCGCUGAAAUUGCCAAUGGCGAAUGCCCCUGCAAGUGUAAAUGUGAAAACAGGUGCCCCAGAGUAAUAUGCGCCGAAGCAAAAAAAGCCCGCAACCCGCCUGGCUGCGCCAAAAAGAAGGCCGACGACACAUGCGGCUGCGAAUGCAAGUGUACCUGUAACGUCAUCGGCUACUAUUACGAUGCGAAAGGCGAGCUUGUUAACGUUAUCGACGCAGAGGGGAGCGCACACUUCUACCUCGGCCAAAAAUGCCGUUUCCCGUGCACAAAUUGCGGCAAGUUAUGUUCACAAGAUGCAUUUAGGCGUGGGUGCUAUAUAGGAGUCCCCAUACUUCUGGUUUCAGUGGCCAUCGUUUUCGUCUGUCGUUUGUAUCCUGGUCCAUUCCGCAAAAUGUUCUAUGGGCUACGUGCUGCAUUUGCUAACUCGAUAAAAGGAUCCGGCGCAUCCACAAAUAAUCUUGCCGGUGGAAGGAUUCACGAGGAGAUGGACACUGAUGAAUACUCCGCCUUCCCGUUCAAGGGCCUGAUGUAG